ACAAAUCAUUAGCGAUCUGAAAUUAAUUCCGUUUUGGUUGGUCGAACUGUCAGAUGACCCAAAUGAAGCACUAAAUACUUUCAUCCAUUUGUUUACGGACAUUGUAGAUAUUUACGCACAUUUAAAGAAAUUUACGAUCAAAGCAAAACUGGCACCAUGGCUAACGGAGAGAAUUCGUGACUUGAUGAACCUCAGAGACGCAGCUAAGUUAGAAGCAAAAAAAUCUGGUUUUCUUUCGGACUGGGCUGUUUAUCGAAAACUGAGAAACUAUGUUGUAAAAAUGAAUAGAGACAGUAAGACUAUAAUUUUUCUGAAGGAGCCAUCGACUGGAUCAAGUCAUAUCUCACAGGCAGAAUUUCGAUGGUUAACAUAA